AUGUCGACUUCAAGUCUUUCAAAGACGAACAGCGUUGAGCAUAAAGAAGAGAGUGAGCCCACUUCUGAGGUUCAUUCCUUCUUAGGAAUGCAUGGUAAUAGAUUGAAUUUCUGUGUUUCCUGUGUUGCUGGUCUUGGGUUUUUACUUUUCGGGUAUGACCAAGGGGUUAUGGGUUCCUUAUUGACAUUGAAAUCAUUUCGUAAAACGUUCCCUUCUAUCGAUACUGGUGGAGAUGGUGAGCCUGGAGAUGGUGAUGCGACACUUCAAGGUGCAGCCAUUGCUUUAUAUGAAAUCGGUUGUAUGGUUUCUGCGUUAUCAACAAUUUAUUUCGGAGAUAGGUUGGGUCGUUUGAGAACGAUUUUUCUUGGUGCUGCUAUUAUGAUGAUAGGUGGUGCAUUGCAGGCUUGUGCAUACACCUUAGCACAUUUAAUCGUUGCAAGGAUUGUGACUGGUUUAGGUAAUGGUUUCAUUACUGCGACAGUUCCAGUGUGGCAAGCAGAGGUGGCUAAACCUGAGAUGAGAGGUAAAUUAAUUAUGAUGGAGGGGUCCCUUAUUGCCUUAGGUAUUACCAUAAGUUACUGGGUCGAUUUCGCGUUUUAUUUCCUCGAUGGUACGGAUACAAUUCAUCAAGUUAGUUGGAGAUUCCCUGUUGCAUUUCAAUGUAUAUUUCCUAUAAUAAUUCUUCCAUUAAUUUUGAAGUUUCCUGAGUCACCAAGAUGGUUGUUAAAAAGGAAAAGAGGAAAGGAAGCUAGGAUCGUUUUUUCGGCUUUAUAUAACUUACCAGAAAAUGAUCCUUUAGUAUCAGAUCAAAUCACUGAAAUUGAACAAGCUAUUGAACUUGAAGUAGCUCAAGGAGCAGAGUCUUUUAAUUUAAGAGAUUUAGUGAAGCAAGGAAAGGCAAGAAACUUCCACAGAACGUGUCUUGCUGCUUGCUCCCAAAUGAUGCAACAAAUCUCAGGUAUUAAUCUUAUUACAUAUUACGCAGGAACAAUUUUUGAAAACUAUAUUCAUAUGGAUCCAUUAGAAUCAAGAAUUUUAGCUGCUUGUAAUGGUACUGAAUAUUUCUUGGCAUCCCUAGUAGCAUUCUAUACCAUUGAAAGGUUUGGUAGAAGGAAUUUGAUGAUUUAUGGUGCCUUAGGCCAAGCUUUCUGUAUGGCAAUUUUAACUGGGACAAAUUGGAAGGCUAUAGAAGCCGAAGGAACACACGCAGGUACGUCUGCUGGUAUUGCCGCUGCCGUUUUCCUCUUCAUGUUCAACACUUGUUUUGGUAUGUCCUAUUUGGGGGUUACAUGGCUUCUCCCUCCAGAAUUAUUGCCUUUGCAAAUCAGAGCACCUGGUGCUGCUAUAUCUACUGCUACUAAUUGGGCUUUUAAUUUUAUGGUGGUUAUGAUUACUCCGGUUGCAUUUGCAAAUAUCGAAGCUUACACUUACACCAUUUUUGCUGCCAUCAAUUUGUUGAUGGUGCCAGUAGUUUACUUCUUAUAUCCUGAAACUGCAGGUAGAAGUUUGGAAGAAAUGGAUAUCAUUUUUAACCAAACUCCUGUUAUGCAACCUUGGAAGGCUGUUCAAAUAGCAAAAGACUUACCAUUUAUGCACGCUGGUGUACGUGAUCCAGAAAAAGGUCCUACUAUUAGUCAUUUUGAAAAUGCUUCUAUGACCUCUAUUAUUAAGCAAAGUGGCGAACAAUCAGAGGUUUUGUAG